AAUGACUGCUUCCAGUUUGUUUUUGGGCGGGUGAAGUGAUAAAAGCGCAAGGCUGUGGAGAUAUAUGUUCAUAAGUAUCUCUGCAGUAAUUAUUUUAACAAUGAUCAUAUUUUAGCUCGUGUGUAAUAUCAGUGGUAGCUUGUUUUUUGUUUUUUUUUAAAAGAUGGUUUCUAUUUUUUAAAGUAGAGACGUAUUUUAACCAACUCUAGGAAUGAACUCGUAGCGCCGAGGAGCUAGCUCUGUGUUUACAAAAUUCUUUUUUUAAAAAUAGAGCUCAUUAAAUUUAACACUUUGACUUGUCUGCUUGUAUAGAAAUGGAGCGGCCAUCUAGGAAUAAGAAAACCAUCAAUUAUUCAGACUUCCUGGAUGAUGAAGAUGAUGAGGAUUUUGCCACAGCGAAAGCCCCUCCAAACAAAAAAUCUCGAGCUUCUCUUAAGGAAUGUCAGCAAGACAAAACCAGGAAAAAUGAAAUCAUUGAUUCAACAGCUACAGCACACAAAGAGAGAGUGUCUCUGGAUGAAAAACUGUACAAGAGAGAUUUAGAAACUGCCCUCAUUCUAUCUCAGCUCCAGUCUGGGGAGCCACUUAGCAAUAGUCUUGAUGAAAAGUCAGAGCCCCGUGAAGAUGUACCUCCAGUGCUGACACACUUCAGUGUAGAUGGUAGCUGCUUUGACGAUAAAAAACCUUCAAGCCACCCUUCUGAAGACGUGCCCCCUGUACUGUCAAACUGUAGCGUGGACGUCACCUGCUUGGGAUUAGAUCAGAUCACCAGUGAGCAGACACCCUCAUCUGCCAUAUGCACAAAGAGAAAGUCCCAAAAAGCGACAGAGCAACAGAGGUGUGCCUUACAGGACGUGAAAGAGAACAAAGAAGACGAAGACUACAGACCUCAGAACACACCCGAGAGUGACUCGGAGUUCAGUGACUUGGAUAAGAGUGAGGAUGAAGAAUACACAGUGAAGAGAAAACGAGAGAAAAUGAAAAAGGCCAAGAGUGAGAAAAAGAAAUCCCCCAAAGCUGUUAAGAAAGAGAACAAGCCAACGAAACCAGCUAAAACCAAACCACAGUCCAGAGUCAAAAACACAGCACACAGUCCAGGAGUCAGGAGCCCAGCUGCUGCUCAGCCUCUCUCUGCAAUGAACAGACCUCCCACCACUCCUCCUGUGACUAAAUCUGCUCUCCAUACCAGUCCUGCCGGGGGCAGAACGCCAAAGUGGACUCCUCCUGGUCUGGUAGGAAGGAGCCCUAGCUCAUGUCAGAGUCCUUCUGUGAAGUCGCCUGGACUUGGUCUACGAUUAGGACUGUCUCGCCUGGCUCGAGUAAAACCCCUGCAUCCCAAUGCCGUAGCACAUUAGAAGCUUUUUUUUUUUUUAUCUAUUAUAUUGAACAUAAUCUGUAUAGCUAAUGUCUUUUUUUUCUGACUGUCUACAGUUUUUAUUGAAAAACAUCCAGUCAACAUAUUUUGUUAUGUUUUAUUUGUCUUUGUGUAUUUGGAGUGUGGGGAGAAUUAAAGGUGUAAAUUAAAUCCUUGUCAUGUUUCAGUCUAGGUCUUUCAUGACUACCAAUUUGUAGGCUGCAAAAUUGUUAAAGUGGAUGAUGGGAACUCCAGUACGUUUGAAUUAUUCAGACAAAAUUAAUCAAUUGCUCCAAUCACACUUCAAACAUGUGGUCCA